AUGGCUUCCGAUGAGCGCACUAGCAUAGGUAAGGCGGUCUUGGACCGGAACCCGGACAAGUUCCUGUCCCGCACCGUCCACGACCUGAUCUCCCUUAAGGGCCGUACCAUCGUGAUCACCGGCGGUGGUCGUGGCCUCGGCCUGGCGUUUGCCUUUGCUAUCGCCGAGGUUGGAGGGAAUGUCGCCAUCAUCGAUUUGUUGGACAAGCCCCAUGACCAUUUUCAAAAGCUGGAGACGGAGUUUGGUGUCAAGGUCAAAUUGUAUAAGAGCGACGUAACCAACUACGAAGCCCUUCAGGCAACCUUUGAUGAAAUCGUGAAAGAUUUCGGACGCAUAGAUGGCCUGGUGACCGCCGCCGGGAUCUGCCCCGACGAGCCCUUCCUGAAGCGCGACCCCAAGUCUGUCGCCCGGUGCAUGAAUAUCAACGUUCUCGGCACCUACUACGCCGCGCAGCUGGCCGCCGCCCAGAUGGUGAAGCAGGAGCCGACCGAGUUCAACCGCCGCGGCGGGUCCAUAGUCCUCAUCGCCUCCAUCGCCGCUCACGUCGCCAGCAAGGGCCAGUGCACGAGCGACUACUGUGCAAGCAAGGGCGCGGUUGUCUCCCUGGCUAAGGCAUUGGGCGUCGAAUUGGCGGCUAUGGGCGUCCGUGUUAACUCUAUCUCGCCUGGGUACAUGCUGACGGAUAUGACAAUCGAUCUCUGUGAUCGUUACCCCUGGUUGGCGGAGAUUAUGACGACCGAGCCCCCUAUGCGCCGGAUUGGUGACCGGACUGACCUCAAAGUCCCAGUAGUUUACCUCCUAUCCGACGCCAGCGCGUAUCACACGUCAGAUGACAUUCUAAUAACGGGAGGUAUUCAUGCAGGGAGGCUGCUGUAG